GAUUUUUAAUAGGAAAUUUGCCUGUUUCCUAAUUGGAUAGGUGUUAAACAUGCGAGAGUUUGAAGACGACCAACACAAAAUCAGAACCAUAUUCUUAGCCUAGUGCCACGUGGAUCCCCCUAACCAAACUGAACACCUGUCUUAUUUCUCAACUAAACUUUGAUCGCUGUCUGUUAACUGUCGACUCUUCCCAACUCCAGAACCAGAACAGUCAAACAGCUUACUCCCGUCUCCGAUCAGAGAUUAAAACUAGUUUCUGUUUCGCAUUUCGUUGUGGCCUUCUGUGAAUUCUCUCCCUUUCUUAAAUGGGUCAAAAUGGAGAGAAACCAAUCGUUCCAAAGACUGAGAUCUUGGACUUUGAGUUGUCAGCUGAUAGAGUGUACUCGAGCCAUGUUGGGAACGACAUUGCAAGUUCAUCUGGAAGUAAUGUAAGAUCAUCUUUAAUUGGGAUGGGAUUUUCACCCUCUAUUGUCAACAAAGUCAUUGAAGAAAAAGGUGAAGAUGACCUUGACUUAUUAUUGGAGACACUUAUUGGGUACUCGGAACUUCAAAAAUCAAAUUCUCAGUCAUCAGAUUCUCUGGAUAGCUUGUUUGGUGACAAGGAUAGUUCUAGUCAGCCAGAAAUUUCCUCAGUUAUUAAACCAAAAGAGGAACCAGAUGUAGAUGAAGAUAAUGAUGACAAAAAGGUGUCCUUACUAAAGAUGGAUUUUCCUCUCAAUCUAGUUGACUUUGCAUUGGAUAAACUUGGUGAAGAUGCUCCCAUUAAUGAACUGGUGGACUUUAUUAUUGCUGCUCAGAUAGCUGAAAAUAUUGAAAAGGAAACAGAUGACAUGCCUCAUGAGGAUGAAGGGAAAAAUGAGGAUGUUAGUGAUGAAACCUUGUUUGGGACCAUGGAUAAAACACUUCAUUUGCUUGAAAUGGGUUUCUCUGAAAAUCAAGUAUCAUUAGCAAUUGAGAAAUUUGGAUCUGAUGUUCCGAUUUCAGAGCUUGCAGAGUCGAUCUUUAGUGGUGGAAUUUAUUCUAGUCGUGUCGCUAGGAAUAAGGUUGGUAGAUCUUCAGGUAUGGGGAUGGAAAAUGUUUUAAGACAUCGCUCAUAUGAUUCAGUAAAAUUGGAAACUGAGGAUUUUAGUCCACAUACUGUCUCUCAGUCAAGAAAUUUCAACAACCAAGAGGAAGCUAGUAGAGGGAAAAGGCCAAAAGAAGUGUAUUCUGGUGACUUACCAGAUGGUGCUUCUCAGUUCCGGCAUAUUGAUUUUGAGGAAAAUCAUAAAGGGAAAAGGCCAAAAGAAGAGUAUAUGGAUGAUUCUAGCUCUUUUCUCGACACUUCAUGGCUAGAGGAAAAAGUUAGCCCCAAUGUUGUCCGAUCAGAAGUGCGGACAGUAUUCAGAUCAAAUCCGUGCAGGAGUCUUGAUAAAAUGGUGCCCAAAUCUCCAUAUUUUUUGUACGGAGAUGUUGUUAAUAUAUCUAGUGGUUGCUGGACCAAAAUUUCACAGUUUUUGUAUGCAAUUGAGCCGGAAUUUGUGUCUACUCAGUUCUUCUCUGCUUUGAAUAGGAAAGAAGGCUACGUACACAAUCUUCCAGUCUCCAAUAGGUUUCACAUCCUUCCAAAGCCACCAAUGACCAUAGAAGAGGCAAUACCAUAUACUAAGAAAUGGUGGCCGUCAUGGGAUACGAGGAAGCACUUGAGUUGCAUUAGUUCUGGAACUAGUGGAAUAUCUCUGCUCUGUGACAGGCUUGGAAAGAUGUUAAUUGAUUCUAAAGGAAUGCCGUCCCCAGAAGACAAGAGAGAUAUCCUUCAUCACUGCCAGAAAUUUAAUCUUGUAUGGGUUGGCCAAUACAAACUCAGCCCUGUAGAUCCUGAUUAUUUAGAACGUAUUCUAGGUUACCCAUUUGGUCACACUCAAUCUGCUGAAAAUAGUUUACCACAAAGAUUGGCAUUACUGAGACACUGCUUUCAGACAGACACUUUGGGCUACCACCUCUCUGUUUUGAAUCCUGUGUUUCCAGAAGGGCUAACAGUUUUGUCUGUCUUCAGUGGAAUUGGUGGUGCCGAAGUUACUUUACACCGGCUGGGCAUCAAGUUGAAAGGUGUUAUUUCUGUAGACACUUCUGAAGCUAAUCGGAGGAUUCUCAAUAGGUGGUGGCGUAAUAGUGAACAAACAGGUGAACUGGUGCAGAUAGAAGAUAUCCAGACGCUAACAACUAAAAAGGUUGAGAGUCUGAUUGAGAAGUUUGGCAGUAUUGACUUUAUUGUCUGUCAGAACCCAGUUCCUCAAGUUUCAGGAAGUUCUUCUGCAGAGGACAACAUUCUUCCCGGUUUAGACUUUUCUUUGUUUUAUGAGUUUGUUCGUGUUUUGCAACGUGUAAGGAGUGCAAUGCAAAGAAAGAGAUAAUGAAUCUUUGAAUCUGGACAUCAUGAAGUUUCAUAUAAGCCAAAGCAUAGGUUCUCUUUUUUCCAUCUUUUCGACGAAGGGUUGAUGGUGAGUCCUCAACAGAAAAAGUAAUCACAGGAUUGAACUAUGCAUACUGAGUUUUGUGGGUCACUCUGUCAAGGAGCCUGGAAGAAAGACCCAAAAAAGGGUCAUGCUCAUCAGUGGCGCCAAGUCUACGUUAUAGUCAAUUCAUGACUCUGGACAAAUUUUGUAGAGCAUACUUUGGUGAUACAGUUCUGUCUUUUGUUUUGAAGUGCCUUUAUAAUGUAUAAUUCAACAUGUUUGAACUGAGAAUUUUUGUUUUGUGCGGGGCAAAAUCAUUGCAAAUCCAUUUCAACUCAUAGUAGUCCAAAUAGGAAAAUGUUUGUCCUUCAGACCUAAUUUGCCUCAGCUAUCUGUUACUCGUUUAUUGAGUUCCAUGUUGAGACUUUGCAGUUUGGCCAUUGAUAAUGAAUUUUGAUUUACUCAAGCAUAAUAAAGUAGUUUUGGAAGUGCUUUUAUU